AUGUUUAGUUUCCUAGCUAAUUGUUGCUGCUGGCUGAAAUGUUGGAGAGAACCUGUCAGGAAGGUUACUCUACUAAUGGUGGGAUUGGAUAAUGCUGGAAAAACUGCAACUAUAAAAGGGAUUCAAGGAGAACCUCCAUAUUUUACAGAUCCAACAGUGGGGUUUUCAAGAGUUGAUAUAAAACAGGGGAAAUUCGAAGUCACCAUUUAUGACUUAGGUGGAGGGGGAAAUAUCAGAUCUAUCUGGAAGAACUAUUAUGCUGAAUCCUUUGGCGUUAUUUUCGUCGUGGACUCCAGUGAUGUUAUUCGAAUGGAAGAGGUUAAAAAAGCUGUGACCGAUGUCAUAAGGCAUCCUGGGAUUUCUGGAAAACCUGUGCUUGUAUUGGCAAACAAACAAGAUUGUGUUGGUGCUUUAGGAGAGGCUGAACUCAUAGAGCGCCUUUCAUUGAAGAAGUUGGUCGAUGAAAAUAAAAGCUUCUGCAAAAUUCAACCAUGUUCUGCUGUUCGGGGAUAUGGAAAAACAUUGGACAAGGCAAUUAAGAAAGGCCUUAAAUGGCUUUUGGUUACCAUAGCAAAGGAUUAUGACAACCUUCAAGAACGGAUUGAAAAAGAUGCAAUGGUGCAGAAGGCACGGGAAGACCAAGAGAAACGAGAACGUGUAGAAAGAGUACGAAAAAUCCCAGAGGAGAGAGAACUGAAAGAAAGGGAAGAUGCUAAAAGAGAUGGACACCUGUUAAAUCAAGAUGACGGUGAUGAACCAGAUCCACAAACAAACCCCUUUCAACCACUACCCAAGAAUGAAGAGGAAAUCGAAGGGCAGAAAGAAAAGAACAAUCGAAUCCCUAAUGGAGAACCUCCACUAAAUAUUGCAGAACAGGGACCAUCUAAGAUGGAAAAGAGUACCAGAGAUACUGUUCCAAAUGAUCAGCCACUGAAAUUGGGUGCCACUGCAGAAGCAGUAACUGAUAAACUCCAAGUACCUGGAUCGCACCAGAAAAUGCAAGACUCUGUGACAGGGAAGAAAAAGUCCAAGAAGUUUCGUAUGAAGACGAAGAAUACUGUAGAACCAGGCAAUGUAGGGGAUGACUCUGGAAAUUUAAGCGUAAAUCGUUUGUCUGUGACAGGGAAUGAAAACUCCAACGAGUUUCUUAUGGAGAUUAAGAAUGCUGUUGGACCAGGCAGUGUAGGAAAGUUAAGCGUAGUACGUUUGCCUGAGCUUGACACUAAGUCAGUGACACGACUCCCAACAAUUCAGGAACCAGACUCUGAGGCCGAUGAUGUCUGA